GAAAACCAUAGUGAAAGGACUGAAUGAGACAGAAAGGACUGGACUGCACACAUUUCACACUACUUUGCUGGAAGCACAGCUGGAAUAUGAGCUUCUGGAGCCAGGUGAACUUCAGAGGCACGUGAACAUCUGGGUUCAACUGCUCUUCAGUUCAUAGAGUCUUGUCUGCUCAACACUACCUUUUUCUCUUAAUCUGCUCCUGUGGAUCUAAAGCUCUACAUGAUGAGCGACCACAAAGAGAAACCCCAGGGCAGCAAAAAAGGGCCCAAUGUCAAACCGAAGCUUGACAGCAAGGGCAGCUUCAACCUGGGAACUUCAGAGCAACGUCAGAGACACAAGACUCUUAGGAGAAGCCGCAGCAAUGAUGCAGAAAUCCGUCGUCGAGAAAGUAGCCGAGGUAGAGAAAGGGACUGGAGAGAGGGAGGAAGGCAACAACGGGGUCGCAGCGAGGAGGGCAGGAGGAGAGUUCGUGACUCAGAGUAUAGACACCACAAGACCGAACAACCCAGAGAUGACCUGCAGGACACAGAGUGCAUUGUGUGUUUCUGCAGCUUUGACAACGUCUUCAAAGCUCCCAAGCUGCUCUCCUGCGGACACACGUUCUGCUUGGAAUGCCUGGCUCGCAUCAACGUGAAUUCUUCAGAGAUCAAGACGCUGUCUUGUCCGAUCUGCCGGGAGCCGACGGAAAUCCGACACGGCCGAGAUCUACCACAGUUGGGAAACAACGAAGACAUCUUCCGCAAACUCCCAGCAGAGAUGCAACGGGCGCUUUCCGUGCGGUUUAAACGCAGCAAGGGCAAACUCAUUCUCAAGAAUCCUCCACCCAACAGCCUCAUUAAGACCUCCUUAAAUUUGCCGGUGUUGAAGAAGAAAGAGGAGCAGGUGGGUGGAAACCCGCUUGGAGUCAUGGAGGAAGGCCUCGGCCAGGCGACUAUAAUCGAUGUGGGAAGGCCGCCAAGCAGGAUGAGGGGUCGCAUGAGAAGGAUGAUGUAUUCCAAUCAAUGCUAUUAUGCCGUUGUCGCAGCCAUCAUCGCAAUCACUGUGGCAUUAAUGUUGGUGGGCAUCUUCACCUUUGUGGUGAUGCCCUAUAUGCACAAACCAGAUAGACCAUUCCAGAACCAAACUUCUUCAGAUACAUCGCCUUGAAAAAUGAGGAAACUGACAGCACUAAGGAAGGAUGGCGAGCAGAGCAAAACAAGCUAUUCUCGGUGGGGCCUGUUGCAUUGAAAACAAAACAGCAUUUUUUUGCUUUUGUGCAAGAUGCUUCAGACUUACUUGAUAGGAAUGAACUGGAAAAACUUGAAUAUACGAUGCACUGAAGUCUAUUAAGCACAGACAUAUUUUACACGAACUGAGACACUGUUUUGCAAAAGGUCUUUAAGAACAUCAGGGAACAAUGACAUCUAUUCUGACCAGAACUGUAUUUUUUAAAGAAAUUUUAAAGGACUGUAUCAUACAAUAUUACUAUUCCAAUUUGAUUUCAUGAAGAAUUAUGUAUUUUCAUGUAUUUCUUAUCUAUAUGGUUUAUGGUAUUGCUGCUAAAGGACAAAAAUGUAACAAUUCAACAAUGCAAAUCACCUCAGUUUAAAAAGUGCAUUGCAGCACUAUUGUAAGCUCAUAAAUGUUCUUUCUUAUGUUAGAAAGACAUUUAUUAGAAACAGAUACUUCUGAUAUAUACUGCACAUAAUGUAAAUAUUAUAAUCUGAUAUAUAUAUAGUUUAUGUUCUUUCUUUUUUUUUAAUUCUUUACACAAAUGGGAAGAGGCCAAGGUGGAAAAUAAUAAACAAUUAAGAACAUUCACUGUCUGAGUGGCAUGCGAUUACAACUUCAUUAAGAAAACAUAAAAAUAAAAUAAACUUGAUGGCUUUGUAAUGUCA